UCUUCUCCAAAGGGGACCUCAUUCCCAGGCACCAGCAAGUCUUCAGCACAAACCAGUUCUUCAGCGGGGUGAGAGUUCCAGACCCAGAAAGCAUGGAGCCUCUAGAAAUGAAAUUCCCAGGCAUUUCCUACUCGGCUCUCGGACUCAUGAAGGGCUGCCUCCACAUGGAUCCUGCGGAAAGGCUUACUUGUGAGCAACUCCUGCAGCACCCCUACUUCGACAGCGUCCGAGAGGUUGAGCUGGGGAGGGAACGAGAGAGAUCCCUCACGCGGAAGCCAAACCGGCUCACGCGGAAGCACAUCCCCGGGGUAAGAGGCUGCUCAGAUAUUUCAGGGGUCUCAGGGAUCAAAUUGCACGACGGCCAGGAACACCCUCCUUCUACAGGCCACCCCAGUCCCUGCUGAGCCCUGCACAGGACCCCCAGAUGUCUUGACCCUCAGCUCCAUCUGGU